AACAAUUCCUUCUCAUGUUGCUCUAAGUAUGGAUGGUAUGGACAUGUGAUGAGACGGAAUGAAAAUGAGGUUGUUAAGAGAGUGUAACUAUGAAUGUGGAAGGAUUUAGAGGAAGAGGUAGACCUAAGAAGAAAUGGAUGGAUUGUGUGAAAGACGAUAUGGGUAGGAGAGGAGUGAGCGAAGAAAUGGUAUAUGAUAGAAGAGUAUGGAAGGAGAAAACAUGUUGCGCCGACCCCAGGUGACUGGGAGAAGGGCAGGAUAAUGAUGAAUGAUGAAAUAAACAAAUUAUUUCGUUUUUUUUGAGCGUGUUUAAUUUGAUUUUUUCAUAUAUUUUCGUGAGUGAGAUACAUAAUUAAUCUUAAUUGUCCGUGACCACGAUAACUGAAGUAUUCGCAACGUCGGUAAUAAUAAAAUGAAAAUAUAAAACGCGGGAUUGAUUCGCAAAGUUUAAAUUGUGUGUUUAGUUUGUUAAUUUGAAAUUACAAUAAAAUAGGUAUCGUUUGAUGGUGUAUUUUGGUGACGUUUCUAGGAAUUGUUAUAUUAGUCGUUAAGAAUAAUUCGGUAAUAUCACCCGUUGAUUUUUUUUUGUAUUUUUUAUAUUUUUAUUAUUUGGGGGGGGGGGGGGGAUAUACAUAUAUCUAUGUUUAUCUUGAAGAAAGUGAAAUAAAAGUAGAAAUCAUUCUUUGAAUGUUUUAUAACAAUAUUUGGUCAAUUAUUAGGUACGUUUUCUUCACAAUUGCCUUGGUUAACCAUAUAAUCAACAUGAAGACUAUUUUUAAAAUCACGCAUUUAGCAUAUAGUUCUUUUUUCUUCAAAAUUUAUACUAUUCGAUUUAUACUGGUACGGUUAAUUAAACCUAAAUCAGUAGAUUUAUGCUCGUGAACAAUUAAUUUAAAAAAUACUUUUAAAAACAACAGAGAUUCAUAAUAACAGAAAGAAAAAAAAAUGCUGAUUUUGCGUCAACAAAAUCCGUUCCAUUUCUCAAUUCAAUUUAAAAUUUUAAAUAAAUAAUGUUUUUUUUUUAGAACACUGUAUAGGUAGGUGUCUUAGUAGAAGAUUAUUGUUUAUGUCGUAGUGAUGGCGCGUAGAUAUUUAGUUCAGUCUCAGUUGCAUCAGAGCUAAAACCGUUCACAGGUGAUUCAUGCUCGGAAUUGUUCCAGAAUUAUAUUUUUAUUUUGAGAUUCGUAAUCGGUGUUAGUGAACAGAAAAAGAUGUCGAUAGUACCAAUGAUGUUUCGCGAUUGGUGGGAUGACUGGGAGCGUAUCGAGCGCCCCUCCAGACUACUGGACCAGCACUUCGGCAUGGGUCUGAAGAAGGACGAUCUGUUAUCCUCCAUCAGUUCAUUCCCCUCGACCUCGCUCUUCAGAAAUUCAUACUUCAGACCUUGGAGGGCGAGCUUAGCCAGGCAGGAAUCUUCUUCGACGAUCAAUUUGACGAAAGAGAAAUUUGAGGUUAUUUUAGACGUUCAGCAAUUCACUCCAGACGAGAUCACGGUCAAGGCGUCGAACAACACGGUUGUCGUCGAAGGCAAGCACGAGGAGAAACAGGACGAGCACGGCUUCAUUUCCCGUCAGUUCACCCGCCGGUACAUCCUGCCGACCGGAUACGAGGUCAACGACCUGGUCAGCACGUUGUCUUCCGACGGCGUGCUCACCGUCACGGCGCCGAAACGACCUCCACCUAAUGCCGGCGAAAGGAUCGUACCGAUCACGAAAACCGGACCCGCUAAGCAACCUGAGGCUGCGUCUUCGAAGCCGGAACAGCAACAGCCCCGCGAACAAAUGGUGCCCAUCGUCACCUCCCCUUAACCCCCCUAGUGCCGAGCACAACGACCGAAACAUAAAUAGCAUUUAAUUUUAAUUGUUUUUUUUUUUGUUUUCUGCCCGUUGUUGGCCAACGACGAGCAACGAUCCGAUUUGAACGAAUUAGGUUUAUACAAAGAGGAAUGCAAAAUAACGUUCUGUAAUAAAUAUCAAUAAACGAUUCACAACAACUUA